AGUCUGUCUUAGGGUUUCACAAAGGUUCCUUCCUCAAUCAUAUCAUCUUCGCGUUGAAUCGAGCACCUGCUUGAUUGCGAGAAAAUGGGGAAAUCCGGAGCGAGGAAGAAGAAGAACGGCGGCGGCGGCGGCGGCGGUUCGAAGCAGGCCAAUUCAUCCGAAAACACAUCGUCUUCCUCGUCAAAACCGGCCGAUUUCGACGCGUCCGUGUUCCUGAAACGAGCCCACGAGCUCAAGGAAGAAGGCAACAAGAAGUUCCAGAGCAAGGACUUCCAAGGCGCGCUCGACCAGUACGCCGACGCCCUCAAGCUCAUCCCCAAGAGCCACCCCGACCGAGCCGUGUUCCACAGCAACCGCGCCGCGUGUCUGAUGCAGAUGAAGCCGAUCGAUUACGACAAGGUCAUCUCCGAGUGCUCCAUGGCGCUCCAGGUCCAGCCUGGCUUCACUCGAGCUCUGCUGAGGAGGGCCAGAGCGCUCGAGGCCGUGGGGAAGUACGAGCUCGCCGUGCAGGACGUGAAUUCGCUGCUGGGAGCUGAUCCUAAUCACAAGGACGCUACGGAGAUGUCGAGACGGCUGAUGAUGUGUGGGCCUGGGCCUCAGAGCAGGCCUUCGCCUGCUGCUCUUGGCGCAUCUGCUGCUUUGGGUGGGCCUGUUAAUGGGCUUGGUCCUUGCUUGCCUUCUCGUCAGGUUCACAAAAAGGUAGCUCCUUCUUCGCCUGUUACCUUGCCUGUUAGUAGUAGUAAGGUAGAACGGCCAAAGAUGAAUCCUUUGAUGGAAAAUGGACACGAAGGGAAGACGCAGAUGGCGAAGAUUGUGUUGAAGCCAUUGAAUGAUUCUUCUUCUUCUUCUAAAGGUGUGAUGAUGAAGGCAGAGCUGUCUUCUUCUUCUUCUUCCUCUGUGGCGGUUGCUUCUCAAGAGAAGGUAACUAGGUGGAGGCCGUUGAAGUUUGUUUAUGACCAUGACAUCAGGUUAGGUCAGAUGCCUGUGAACUGUGGGUUUAAGGUACUGAGGGAGAUCGUGAGGAGUCGUUUCCCUUCUUCCAAGUCGGUGUUGAUUAAGUAUAGAGACAGUGAUGGGGAUUUGGUUACUGUCACUUGUACCGCGGAGCUUAGGUUGGCUGAGACUGUUGCUGAUGGUGUUUUGACUAAAGAGCCUGAAUCAGAUAAGUCUGACUCUGUUGGGAUGUUGAGGUUGCAUGUUGUUGAUGUAAGUCCUGAGCAGGAGCCACCUUUGCCCGAGGAGGAGGAAGAAGUUGUGGAAGAAGAAGAGGAGGAAGUGGAAGAGAAGCCUGUUGAAGAAGAUAUCCGUGAAACAGUAUCGGAAACAGAGGUCAGCAAUGAGAAAUCAGAUAAGGAGAAAACACCUUCCUCUGAAGAUCCUGAGAUGAAGGAACUGGAGAUGGAUGAUUGGUUGUUCGACUUUGCUCAGCUUUUCCGGUCGCACGUGGGUAUCGACCCCGAUGCACAUGUUGACUUGCAUGAGCUGGGGAUGGAGCUUUGCUCUGAGGCCCUGGAGGAAACAGUCACUAGUGAAGAAGCUCAACCACUUUUCGAGAAAGCUGCUGCAAAGUUCCAAGAAGUUGCUGCGUUAGCUUUCUUCAACUGGGGUAACGUGCACAUGUGCGCCGCGAGGAAGCGCAUUCCGUUGGAGGAAUCUGCUGGAAAGGAAAAGGUCGCGGAGCAGCUUCAGACUGCUUACGAGUGGGUGAAAGAGAGAUACACUCUAGCUAAGGAAAAGUAUGAGCACGCCUUGUCAAUCAAACCUGACUUUUAUGAGGGUUUGCUCGCUUUGGGACAGCAACAGUUUGAGAUGGCAAAGCUCCAUUGGUCUUUUGCUUUGGCACAAAAGAUAGAUUUGUCUGCAUGGGAUGCAACGGAGACAUUGGCCCUCUUUGAUAGUGCAGAAGAGAAGAUGAAAGCUGCGACUGAGAUGUGGGAGAAGCUUGAAGAACAAAGGAUGAGUGAUCUGAAAAACCCGAACAAGAAAGAGGAAAUUUCAAAGAGGAGAAAGAAGCAAGGCGAAGGAGAAAAUGGGGAGGCUUCUGAAGCUGUUACAGCAGCAGAAGCAGCAGAACAAGCGAUUGCUAUGAGAUCACAGAUCCAUCUGUUCUGGGGAAAUAUGCUGUUUGAAAGAUCACAAGUGGAAUGCAAAAUCAGUGUAAGCGGUUGGGAGAAGAAUCUUGACUCAGCAGUUGAAAGAUUCAAACUUGCUGGUGCUUCUGAAACUGACAUAUCGACUGUUGUCAAGAACCAUUGUUCAAACGAAGCAACUGCUGAAGGAGAUGAGAAGAAGGUAACUGAAUCUUGAAAACCUUGUCAGAUGGAACCCAUUCGAUCACAGGUAAAGCUAAACCAAAAGGCUAAACAUGGGAAGGGGCAUUUCUGCUACUUGCACUCAUUGGAUAAGCUGCAACCAUUUUGAUGAUUUUGAUUGAAUUGGUUUUCCUAAUUCAGUUUUAAUUGUGUGUGUGAGUUUUGUUUGUUUUUGUCUUGUGGAAUUUACUGAUGAGAUGAUCAACAUUUCUGAUAUUUAUUGUAACUUUUAUAUUCAUGUC